AUGUAUUCUUCCGCGCAGAAUAACAUUUCUGAUCUUCUUAAAUUAGCCAAAAAAUUCAACUGUUUUUAUCUAUCAGGUUUGCAUGAGGGGAUAUGUAAACCGUUUAUAGUAGCCGGAUACCAAGUGGGUUUAAUUCGCCCAGAUGUAUUAAAGUACCUGAUUAGAUUCCCAGAGGUGUUUAGGAUCACUGGGAAGUAUGUAGAAUUAAAUCCAGCUUUCAGAGAUUACAAAGAGAGAACAGUGAAGGUAGCAGAUGUGUUACAGAGUCUAAGGAAGGAGAAUGAGAUAUGUGCUCUGAAAGGAUGGAGAGAUGAGUGUUUUGGAGUUACCACGCCUUUAUAUCCGGAGAACCUCUUAGAGAUGGACAGAAGUGCUAUGUGUCUCUUUGGCAUCAGGAACUAUGGAGUCAGUGUUACUGGCUAUGUAAACCAUCCCACAAAAGGCUUGUGCAUCUGGUUACAGCAGAGAAGCUUCACGAAACAGACUUGGCCUGGCAAGUGGGACUGCUUUGUUAGUGGUGGUCUGGCUGUAGGAUUUGGCGUUCUGGAGACAACAAUUAAAGAGGCUGCUGAGGAGGCUUCUGUACAAAAAGAUCUAGCUAAAAAGCUUGUAUCUGCUGGUUGCGUUAGUUUUUAUUUUGAAAGUGAAAGGGGCUUAUUUCCCAACACAGAGUAUGUGUAUGAUCUCGAGUUGCCGUUGGAUUUUAUGCCCCAAAAUGCUGAUGGUGAAGUGGAGAGUUUUGAGUUGUUAACUGCCGAAGAGUGUGUGAAGAGAGCUCUUACACCUCAGUUUAAAACGACCAGUGCACCGGUGUUGUUAGAUUUCCUGAUACGCAAAGGAUACAUCAGUCCAGAGAAUGAGCCCCACUAUAGACAUUUGGUGGAAUUACUUCAUGUUCCUCUGCAGUCGAUCUACGACUGGCCAUUCACAGCAGCUGCCGCUACAAAUGGCGAUGGCGACGAAUUUCACCAUGUUAAUUAA